AUGGAUGAUUUCCUUCAAACCCCGCUGGGGCCUAACCGGGAGGUGCAUGGGUCCAAGAUGGCGCCCGUGUCUCCUGCCUCGACCAGCUCGGUACAGGAGGAGCCCACACUGGCAGAUAGCGGAGCGGAGAUCAGACGGCUGGCGGCUACCAUGGUAACAAAAUUGGCCCUACAGUCCCUGACAAGCACCCUCACGGCAUCCCUCACCUCUACGGUAACAGCACUGCAAGCAGAUGUAGAUGCACAAGGCAACCGCAUACAGGCACUGGAAGCACAGGCCCAGGCCUCACAGCACCAAGCAUCUGCAGCUAACACAGCCUUAGCUCCCCCUCGCCCCCCCUGGGACUACGGCCCACCAUGGGGACUCUUUGCUUCUGGCGGGAAUACUACAGUUGUGCUUGUUUGA